AUGUUGAGACUCACAUUGUUUCUGUUUGUGUCCACUCAGGUGUCGACUCUGGACGGCGUCCUGGAGGUCCGGAACGAGCAUUUCUGGACCGUUGGGUUUGGGUCUCUGGCUGGCUCCGCCCACGUCCGGAUCCGGCGGGACGCCAACGAGCAGCUGGUUCUGGCCCACGUCACCAACCGGCUGCUGCCCCUCGUCGCCACGCUGACCGUCCAGAUCUUCAAGGACGACUGGACCCGCCCCCUGCUGAGCGGCGUGCUGUCCUCCCCGGCCGCCACGCCGCCGCUGCCGGUGGCCCCUGAAGGCUACGCCGCCUCCUUCCCUCCGGUUCUGUACGGCUCAGCGGGAGGCCAGGAGUUCGACCCGCUGACCUCCACGCCCUCCAAGCCCAGCAGCCCCCCGCCGGAGUUCUCCUUCGACACGCCGGGCCGGAACGUGGCGCCGCUGGUGCUGCCCGCCCCGGGCCAGCACGCCCACCGGCCCUUUGGAGGCCUGGGACUUUCCUACGGGGCGCCGCCGUACGCCGGGAUGCUGGGGGCGGGGCCCGGGGCGGGGCGGGGCCUGGCAGUGCCGGGCCUCGGCGCCGGGUUUGGACUCCCCUCCUCCCACAGUUACAGGACUGCCUUUGCUGGCUCAACGCCGCCACUCCGGUUUGGAACCAGCAACCCUGCUGCGCCUCAGUCCCAGUACAGACACUAUCAGCCCUGACUGACUCAGAACCUCAUCCAGACACGUUGAGGGGAAACUGAACGUGUCUGGAUGGAGAGAAACAUUCAGGAUUAUUUAUUCAGACGGAAACGGGACCAGCAGCGUUCGGCCGUUAGCCGUUAGCCGUUAGCAUCGGUUCGUAACGGGAACCACUGGGAGGAAAAACCAGUGUGGGUGUGACUGUAACGGUUCAAGCAUCAUAUAAAUGCUUAAUUCUAAAUAAAAUCGUUUUAUUUUGAA